AUGCCAUAUGUUAUCAAACCGACACCAUGUGGAUACUCAGGUCGAUAUCUCCGAUUGACCCCAGAAUUUGUGAGGUUUGGCGGAAAGGCAUCGGAAAUGGGCAAGAUGGGAUCGCCCGAAAAAAUCUUAGUCAGACAAUGGGCUAAAUUACGUUGGGGAGUGUAUGACGAAAUUCCUCUCGACGACUCAGAGUCGAACUUUUAUAGACACACCGACUUAGAGGUUCAUCCGAUUGCUUGCUCGGCUGCUAUUACAGGUAAAAUAAUAAAAUUGGACAAUCCGGAAGUACCGUGUAGUAAAGAGGAAGCUCUUGUAAACAAGAAUUGUACAUUUAAGCCUGACUCUACGCCGUCGAAGACUGUAACUUCCAGAAAAACUUCUUUUGAUGAAACCGUCGGAAUUACAGGAUUCGCCUCAUUAAUGUACAGUCCUGAUUUGAGUUACGUCGAUCAUUUCUGUGACACUGUAGAAGAAUCAGAACAAGAAGUGCCCGAAGAACAACAGCAUAAUGCAGAAGCACCCACGUUACAUAAUUUGCAUUGUCAAGGAAAAAGUGUAUGGGAAGUAAUAAGAACUCAUCCAGACUUUGCGAACGGAAAUAACCCCCCACUUCCAGAAAGUUCUAUUCCUCCACCGAUUGAAUUCAGCCUAUUAAAAAAUCCGGGACAGGAGGAUGUUCUCGUUCUCGACAUUUCGUCUAGUAUUGAAGUUUUUCAAUCGAAUGAAUUAAUGAGACAAGCAGCAAGUCAAUUCAUUGAUACCGUACCGGAAAACUCUUGGAUCGGGAUUGUUACAUUUGCAGCAGAAGGAACGGUGAUGUCAGAACUCAUCAGAGUUUCAUCAAACGACGUGAGAAGGUUAUUAAAAGAACGUCUUCCCAAUUUUCUUGUCCCCGGGACCAGUAUCGGUAGCGGUAUUAAACUUGCACUGCAAGUUUUAAAAUCAUCUGGUCCAAAGCAUAUGAGAAAAUCGGGUGGAAGUAUGCUUGUUUUGAGUGAUGGAAAAGAACACAACAGUCCAAAGAUCAAUGACACAUUGUUGGAAGUUAUUGAUUUUGGAGUUCGCGUUACAACAAUUGCUUUUGGUGCACAAGUAGCAGACGAUUUGGAUGUUUUAGCCGAAGUGACUGGAGGUUCUGCAUAUUUUGCGAGCUCAGGGGAGUUUAGCGACAAUAGUGAGUUACGUGAUGCAUUCCUGGCAACGAUUGACAAUCCAGAAGAUGACAUGGUUGUUGUUUCAAGUCAGUCGAUACGAUUGAAAGCUAAUUCGUCCGAAGGUCACACUUUCAUUAUAGAUGAAACAAUCGGAAGAGAAACUAGGAUUACCAUGCUUUACACCGACACCGUAGCACCUAAGAUCGGACUGGAAAAUCCUUGGGGUGAUGUAAUGUGGGAAGACGAUGAUAUGUUUGAUACGAACAUUACAGCUGAGUUUUCUUCAGAUGAAAAUUUUUCAACAAAAACCAUUCAAUACUUUGGAUACAUGGAGCCUGGAACGUGGACGCUUCUGUUGAAAAACCAGAGGUUGCAAAACAGUGUUACUGCUGACAUCUCGGUUUUCUCCCAUCCCGCAGAAGAACAGGAAAGUUUGGUUCUCUCACCAGCAUUACUUUGUAGGAUAAUAAAUUACAGUGGAAGCGAAAGCAUUGUCAUUUAUGCACAUCUGAGUUAUGGUGAGUUUGCUGUUCUCGAUGCAACAGUGGAAGCUGUUGUGACUCGGCCUUUAUCACUGGCUGGCAGUUAUGAUACGGCCACCGUUGAAUUGAAGGACGAUGGUCGUGGUGCUGAUGUUAUUGCAAAUGAUGGAAUAUAUUCAGGAUAUUUUACUAGAUUCACAUUGCAAGGAAGAUACAACGUCAAGGUUAAUGCCGCCGGAGACGGAGAUAAGGCGCGACUUGACAUUAAUCAUAUUCUUGGUCUGGGACGUCGAAAAAAUGAACUUGGUAAAGUUGAUACAAAAAGAUGUUUUACAAAAUAUGGGGAACAAAGAAGAGAAUAA